ACCUCUCCCAUUCAUUUUCCUAUUAACUUCUUUCAAAGCCUCGUCUUCCUUCCUUCCUUCAUUCUUCUCUCUUUCUCCUCUUUGAUCUCUUUCUCUCUCCCGUUACAAUGGCAGAUCAACUUAGUGAUGAUCAGAUCUCCGAAUUCAAGGAAGCUUUCAGCCUAUUCGACAAGGAUGGCGAUGGUUGCAUCACCACCAAGGAACUUGGAACUGUGAUGCGUUCACUUGGUCAAAACCCGACUGAAGCAGAGCUCCAGGACAUGAUAAAUGAAGUAGAUGCUGACGGAAACGGUACAAUUGACUUCCCAGAGUUUCUCAACCUCAUGGCCAGGAAAAUGAAGGACACUGACUCAGAGGAGGAGCUUAAGGAGGCUUUCAGAGUUUUUGACAAGGAUCAAAAUGGUUUCAUUUCUGCUGCUGAGCUUCGCCACGUGAUGACAAACCUUGGUGAAAAGCUGACAGAUGAAGAAGUUGAUGAAAUGAUCCGUGAGGCAGAUGUAGAUGGUGAUGGCCAGAUCAACUACGAGGAGUUCGUCAAGGUUAUGAUGGCCAAGCGGAGAAAAGUUAAAAUGGAAGAGAGUCGACGGCAGAAAAAGUCUAAGCGUAAUUGGAAGACCCGCUGUAAAUCUUGCUUCUGCUCGCGUAUUCUAUAAACAUGGUGAAGAAUGGGAUCUGAAGACAGUCGAGCACGUAGCAGCGAAUUGUCGACAGAAGCUAGCAUCAACAAUAACACAACCUAACCAUUGCGUACUUAAUCAUAUUCUUUCCGGCUACUCUUGUGAGAAUCCGUCUCUCAAAGAGACGACCUCAAAACAAGAAGCCUACUCUUAAUUUGUAUUUAGCUCAUAUAUCUGAUGCGUCUGUCGGAGAGACUGUCUCUCACACCAAUUUAUGUAUUCUUUUUCAUUUGUAACUUGGGAUUCAUGUAAUGAAAUGCACAACUUCAAAAGCUCAAAG